UGUGUGUCUGUGAGUGUGUGGGUGUGUGUGUGUGUGUGUGUGUUCUCCUCCUCGUGUCAAUAAAGUUUGUUCAAAAGGACGCAGCUGCAACAAUGGCGGCCUCCAUGUCGUGGAGGAGGCUGGCGUACUCCGUGUAUUCACCGGCAGUGGCCGGGGUUUUCACGCGAAUAGCCGACCGGUUCUUCCGUGCGAGGGAUAAAGGAGGCGGAUCCUCGGUGCUGCUUUUGGCGCCUCUUCUAGCCAAAGCCCAACCGGCACAGGAGCGCGUCUCCAGCCCGGCCGGAGCUCGGGGGGCGCCCAGCCUCAACAGCCACUUCCGAUGGAUGGCGGAGCAUGUGCCCGCCUUCCGAGUCAACGGUGCCCGCAUCCAUGUCCUCACCUCGCCCGACCAGUUCUACCAGACUUUGAAGGCACGUGUCAGGACUGCAAAGAGACGAGUGGUCUUGGCCUCGUUGUAUCUGGGAACGGGUCAGCUGGAACAAGACCUGGUGGACUGCAUGCAGGAAGCCCUGCAGAGCUCGCAAGAAAACAGCCACCACCCUGGCCUGAAAGUCUCAGUGUUGCUGGACUACACGCGAGGCUCACGAGGGCAGCUGAACUCCAGGACCAUGUUGCUGCCCCUGCUGCGGCGCUUCAACUCGCAGAUGCGCGUCUCUCUGUACCACACCCCCGACCUGAGGGGCCUGCUGAGGCUGCUGGUCCCGCAGCGCUUCAACGAGACUAUCGGCGUGCAGCACAUCAAGGUCUACCUGUUUGACGACAGCCUCGUGAUCAGCGGAGCCAACCUGAGCGACUCCUACUUCACCAACAGACAGGACCGCUACGUCCUGCUGGAGAACUGCCCCGAGCUGGCCGAUUUCUUCUCGGAGCUGGUGGAUGCCGUCGGAGACGCUUCCCUGCAGCUUCAGCCCGACGACUCUGUCACCGUGCAGGAGGGCAUGGUGCACCCGUACAAAGGCGACAGGCGGGACUUCUCCGCCGUCGCGAGCAGGCGCAUCAUGGAGGUGGUGGACGCUGCCCACGCACGCCAGCGGCUGCUCGGUCAGCUCUCUGAAGAGGAGGAAAGGGAGGGGGAGGAUGAGGAUGAGGACACUUGGGUCUUCCCCCUGGUCCAGAUGAAGCCUCUGGGCAUCCAGGUGGACGAGUGGGUCACACAGCGCCUGCUGAGCGACGUGGCCCCGGACUCCAGCGUCUUCCUGACGUCGGGCUACUUCAACCUGACGCGGGCGUACAUGCGCCUGGUGCUGGGGGGCGGCGCCCGCUACCACAUCCUCACCGCCUCCCCGGAGGUCAACGGCUUCUUCGGGGCCAAAGGCGUGGCGGGCGCCAUCCCCGACGCCUACACGCACAUCGCCGCGCAGUUCUACGAGCGGGUGUGCCGCCUGGGCCAGCGGGACCGGGUCUACCUGCACGAGUACCACAGGCCAAAAUGGACCUUCCAUGCCAAAGGUCUAUGGUACUACCUCAAAGGGCAGGAUCAGCCUUGCCUCACGCUAAUAGGCUCCCCUAAUUUUGGGUACCGCUCGGUUCACCGCGACUUGGAGGCCCAGGUUGCCAUAGUAACCGAGAACGAAGAGCUGAAGAGCCAGCUGCAAGAGGAGCAGGAAAUGUUGUACCAGCGCUCCUCUGAGGUGUCCAGGUCUACGUUCCUGCAGUCGGACCGCCACGUCAAGCUUUGGGUCCGGCUGAUCACUCCCCUCAUCAAGAACUUCUUCUGAGGUGAGAACCUCUGGUCCUGGAAGCAAGGAGGAAGUGGAUCCUGCCGCACUGAACUUGUGUCCUCACAGGAAGUGACACGAACAAAAAUGGGUCACGGUGACUUGACGGGAUGGCGAAGUCUUAUUUAUUGCCGGGGAUCAGCCGGAUCCUAAAAUGUCUUUUUACAUUUCUACCGGUCAAAAGUCACAUGUGACUCUGAAGUACACCUUUUGUCUGCAACUAACCAGAGAGGAAGGUUUAAAGGUCCACCUGGCGCAGGAGUCACGUCACACCACAGGUACCAGUCGUCUGCUGAGCUUGUCUUCUGCACUCCAACCAGAGGGGGGCAGCGUACCUUUAGAAGACAAACUGAUGACAAGCAAACAAUUCACACGUUCACUAACUUUAUUAGCGGGGUUGUAAGGUGCUAAGGUCCUGGACUGGGUGGACGGUGUUCUGGCGAGACAUGCUCCCCAUUGGAAUUGAUGUGGAUGUGUUUAAUCCUACACGUGAGUACACUAUUUUGUCUACUGCUGCCAAAUGAUGACUUCUUUUAAUCACAUUUAGAAUGUUUAAUCCCUGAUUAAUAGGAGCUAGUGAUGGGUUGAUG